AUGCGUAUCCUUCCCUACCUGGAACAAGAAGCCACCAUGAGCAACGUCACGGUUACCGACAACACUGAACCCAUCAGCCGCACCAUGAGUCCGGCAACCCCCAGCCCGUAUACCUAUCCUGUUAGUUUCCAGGUCUCCCUGACUGGCUUCCUCAUGCUGGAAAUCCUCCUUGGCCUGAGCUCUAACCUCACUGUUCUUGCCCUCUACUGUAUGAAGUCGAACCUUAUUAGUUCUGUCAGUAACAUCGUCACUAUGAACCUCCAUGUGUUGGAUGUGCUGGUUUGUGUGUGCUGCAUCCCCCUCACUAUUGUGGUGGUUUUGCUUUCCCUGGAGGGAGACACUGCUCUCGUCUGCUGCUUCCAUGAAGCCUGCGUCUCCUUCGCUAGUGUUGCCACUGCUGCUAAUGUGCUUGCCAUCACCCUUGAUCGCUACGACAUCUCAGUCAAACCAGCCAACCGGGUGCUGACCAUGGGCCGUGCCCUGGCCCUGCUAGCUGCCAUUUGGGUGCUAUCCUUUGUUAGUUUCCUCGUACCCUUUAUUGAGGUGGGCUUCUUUGCCCAAGGCCAUGCUGAGCUGAACCAGACAGUGGUGGAGAAUGUCAUCCACACUAACCAGUACUACACAGAACUUGGCCUCUAUUACCACUUGCUUGCCCAAAUUCCUAUUUUCUUCUUUACUGCUGUUGUCAUGCUCAUCACCUACUCAAAGAUCCUGCAGGCACUCAAUAUCCGUAUUGGCACACGUUUCCACGCUUCGCAGAAGAAGAAAGCUCGCAGGAAAAAGCGCCCAUCCAUGACGGCCAUGACAACACAACAGGAGGCCACAGACGGAUCCCAGAGCAGUGGCAGCCGCAACCCCACACUGGGUAUGCGUACCUCCGUCUCUGUCAUCAUCGCCCUGCGCAGGGCUGUUAAGCGCCACAGAGAAAGGCGAGAGCGCCAAAAGAGGGUUUUCAGGAUGUCCCUCCUGAUUGUGUCUACCUUCCUGCUGUGCUGGACGCCCAUCACAGUACUCAACACAGUCAUCCUGAGUGUAGGCCCCAGUGACCUGAUGGUCAAGUUGAGACUGGGCUUCCUGGUCAUGGCUUAUGGGACCACUAUAUUCCACCCUCUACUCUAUGCCUUCACUAGGCAGAAGUUCCAGAAAGUCUUGAAAAGCAAGAUGAAGAAGAGAGUGGUGUCGAUCAUUGAGGCAGAUCCUACCCCUAAUAAUGCCAUUAUCCACAACUCUUGGAUUGACCCAAAGAGAAAUAAAAAGGUGACAUUUGAGGACAAAGAUGCCCGACAGAAAUGUCUGUCAUCUGAGGAUGUGGAGUGA